CUCAGAGCCUUUGAGCAACAUGGCUGGAGCAGAGGGAAAAGCAGUGUUCUGGUUGGGAAAGGACACUUUGAGAGUUUCGGCGGCCUUGUUUACCGAAAACCGGCGUCGUCUUUGCGAGGCUCUUAGGGCCAAAAACUCCCUGCAGCCCAAAUCUGUGGUGCUGCUGCAGGGUGGAGAGCAGAAACAGAGAUACUGCACUGAUACAGAUGUUCUCUUCAGACAGGAAUCGUAUUUCCACUGGGCGUUCGGAGUGACGGAGGCCGACUGCUAUGGCGCCAUCGACGUGGACUCUGGCAGAUCUGUCCUGUUUGUGCCCAAGCUGCCCGAGAGCUAUGCCACCUGGAUGGGAAAGAUCCACCCACCGGAACACUUUAAGGAGAAGUACGGCGUGGAUGAAGUGCACUACGCCUGUGAUAUUGCUGAUGUUCUGACCAACAUGAAACCCUCGGUCCUUCUCACACUGAGAGGCCUGAACACGGACAGCGGCAGCAUCACUCGUGAAGCUUCUUUUGAAGGAAUCAGCAGUUUCCAAGUGGACAACCUCCUCCUGCAUCCUGUGAUGGUGGAAUGUCGUCUCACUAAGACGGACAUGGAGUUGGAGGUUCUGCGCUACACUAACCGCAUUUCCAGUGACGCUCACAAAGAGAUAAUGAAGCAUGUGAGACCUGGUCAUAAAGAAUAUGAAAUGGAAAGCCUGUUUCAGCACUACUGCUACUCACGGGGAGGAAUGCGUCACACUUCCUACACCUGCAUCUGUGGAAGUGGAAACAACUCGUCCGUUCUUCACUACGGUCAUGCCGGUUCCCCCAACGAUAAAACCAUCCAGGAUGGAGACAUGUGUUUGUUUGAUAUGGGUGGAGAAUAUUACUGCUACUCCUCCGACAUCACCUGCUCCUUCCCAGCCAACGGCAAAUUCACUCCAGACCAGAGGGGCGUUUAUGAAGCCGUGCUCAAGUCCUCUCGCGCCGUCCUGGCUGCUAUCAAACCAGGUGUGAAAUGGACCGACAUGCACCGUCUGGCUGACCGGGUUCACCUGGAGGAGCUGGUUAAGAUCGGGAUCCUGCAGGGUAGCGUCGAUGACAUGUUGAAGGUGCAUCUCGGUGCCGUAUUCAUGCCCCAUGGACUGGGCCAUCUGCUGGGCAUCGACGUUCAUGACGUUGGAGGUUAUCCAGAGGGCAUAGAGCGUGUUGACGAGCCGGGUCUGAAGAGCCUGCGUAUGGGCCGUGUGGUGCAGGAGCGCAUGGUGCUGACCGUCGAGCCUGGCAUCUAUUUCAUCGACCACCUGCUGGACCAGGCGCUGGCAUCACCACAGCAGUGCGCUUUCAUCAACAAUGACGUCCUCGCUCGCUUCCGCAACUUCGGAGGGGUGCGUAUCGAGGACGAUAUCGCGGUGACGGCGGACGGCGUGGAGCUGCUCACCUGCGUGCCGCGCACCGUGGAAGAGAUCGAAGCCUUCAUGGCCGACAGAAGCGACAAAUCCUUCAGCCAGAAAUUUUAAACCCUCGUUAUUGCUUCCUGCAGAAACACUUUCAGUACAAACGAUUUACUCAAUCAUGUUAGCAUUUAAUAACUGAACUCGACUCUGUCUCUGAUUAUUAACUUUAUAUAGCAAAUCUGACACGUGACCUCGUGUUAAACACCUGAAUUCAUGAUCAUAAGCUGAUCGUAUAUUUUCUCAGCUGGUUAUAAAUCAGAACAUUAAAGAUCACGUAUUUUCUAAGCAGUUUAAAGAACGUGUGAAUGAGCAUUUUGUAAUGUCGUCUAAGUUUCUCAGCCCUCUACAGAUUAUUGUGAUAAACGCUGGUGCCAAGUCCUCUCACCUUCAUGUGGUAUUUCAGUAGCGCCAACCUGAAUCUAAAAACCAUGCAUUAAAUCCCAUCUGAAAGCUUUUAAUACACCUCUAACUUUAAUAGUGUUCAUUCAUUCAUUGAUUUAUUUGUGUCGCGAUGAGUCUGAUUCACUGGAUGAAAGGUAGGAAACACCCUGGACAGGUCACCAGUUCCUAAUUUUUAGUAGCUCCAAUUGACCUGACCAUGUUUUUUGGACUUUUGGACUUGUGGGAGGAAACCGGAGCACCCAGAGGAAACCCACACAGACACAGAGACGGUCGAAUACUUUAGUUGAAAUGUCUCUACACUGAGUCAGUGCAGCUUAUACUUUAUUAAUAUAUAUAUAUAUUUAUUUAUCCUGGCCAUUAAUCCCAUUGGUCAUAAUAGUGGCCAUUUCAGUUAAAAGGCUCUAAACAUUUUACUGAAUGAUGUAUCAA